UUACUUGGCGUGUGUGUGGUUGAGUUGCUGUUUGGUGUGGGUGAGCUGCGCCGCGAGUGUGGACUCGGCCUCACGCACACGCAUCAGCUCGUCAGACAACUCACUCACCUACACGGACAGAGAGAGAGAGAGAGAGGUCAAUGGCUGCAUCUGCCCGGUGUCUCUCUCUGUCUGUCUGUGUGUGACCUUCUUGUUGUGUUGCUGCUGGAGUGCAUUGAUUUGUGCGUCGUGUUGUUUGUUGAGGGUGGCAAUCUGUCGGUCCAUCUGGGUGAGCUGAUCGUGGAGGGCCGCUGAUGUCUCGAUGAAGCUCUUCUCGUGCGCCUCCACGGCAUCCGCCCGACCAGCCAACGAACACAACACACCCAACUCUGCAGACACACACAAACACGCACACACAGAGAGAGGUGUGAGUAAGCAACCAGUGCAGUGUGUGUGUGUGUCAAUGGCGUGCCUUUGUCUUUGUCUUGUAUGAUGGCGAGUAGAUCUUUGUGGCGCCCCUCCCCCUCCCGGAUCUGCUUCUGCAGAUCGCACCGACGGCGGGCGGCGAUGAACGAGGCGUGCAGCUCGUCCACCUCUCGCAGCACACCCGACGCAUCCAAAUGAACCGGCGCUUCCUCCAUCUGUCGGUCUUGUUGCAAUCAAUUGAUUCACAUCGACAUUCUAUUGAAGAGAGGAAAGAGUUGUCGUGAUUUGUCUGUUUGUGUGUCUCUGUCUGUUUCCAUCCGUCCAUGCGUACACAUAUAUACGUAGGUAGGUGCGAUCCAGACAGACAGACGGACAGACAGACGGCCAUGGUACACACAGACGGCGGGAGAAGGCA